CAUUGGUUUAUCCAGAUUAAGAGAAACGAGUGGCGCUGCACUUGAACCAGUGGCAAUAUCUGACCCUCUCCCAUAACAAACACAUCAACAGUACGGUUCAGUAGCGGUAGCACUCAGCAAUGGCUUCAACCUCUUCCUCCACUCUCACUAUAUCAUCUUCAUCAACACUUGUUGAUGCCAAGGCUCCAAAGCAUUCCUCCACUUCUUCCCCACAAAGUGUGACCCUUCCCACGCUUCCCCUUCGUACUUCCAAGGCCACUGCUUUCUGUCGCAAGCUCGCUCGCAAUGUUAUGGCUAUGGCUACCACCGGAGAGGCUCCGCCGUCUGCGGUAGCAACAGAUGUUGCCUCAGUUGAGGUGGCUGAGCUGCCUGAAUUUGUCAAGACUCUUCAAGAAGCUUGGGACAAAGUUGAAGAUAAAUAUGCAGUGAGCUCAAUAGCCGUAUUUGGUGGCGUUGCACUCUGGGGCUCCACUGGGGUCAUCUCAGCAAUUGAUAGGCUUCCUUUAGUUCCGGGGCUUCUUGAGGUCGUAGGCAUUGGCUACACUGGGUGGUUUGCAUAUAAGAACCUAGUUUUCAAGCCAGACAGGGACGCUUUCAUACGCAAAGUAAAAGAAACAUACAAGGAAAUAAUAGGCAGCAGCUACUAAAAGAUUAAGAAAUCUUCUACACGGAAAAGAGUUCGAUGUUGUAGCCUUGUCCUUGUGUUGGUGAACAUGUAAACCAUACUCAUUUUAUUCCAAUGGAAUGUAAUCUCUAAGUUAGCACGAACAAUAAAUGUAACCAUUUAUGUAAAUUAAUAAUCCACUUCUAGAAAA